AUGUCGGUGCAAUUUCAAUCCCAAAACUUUCAGCACAUUUUGCGUAUGUGCAACACGAACGUGGAUGGCCGCCAGAAAGUGAUGUUCGCACUGACCGCGAUCCGUGGUAUGGGCCGACGAAUCUCCAACAUCGUUUGCAAGAAGUGCGACAUUGACUUGAACAAGCGCGCUGGAGAACUCACCACUGAUGAAGUGAACAAGAUCGUGGCAGUUGUCAGCAAGCCUUUGGAGUUCAAGAUCCCAGCAUGGAUGCUGAACAGGCAGCGAGACGUCAAGGAUGGCAAGACAUCCCAGAAGUAUGCCAACUUCUUGGACCAGGCUCUGCGAGAGGACAUUGAGCGCAUGAAGCGGGUGCGCCUUCACAGGGGUCUCCGUCACUACUGGGGCAUUCGUGUGCGUGGUCAGCACACCAAGACCACCGGCCGUCACCGUGCUUUCGCAGCCAUGGAGGGAGGCAAGAAGAAGUGA